AUGAACAUGAAGUCCCCAUCGGCCUUCGACAAGGAGACAUCCAGUGACGAUGUGGCUCCCGGCCAGGUCAUCGAUUAUGCCGGCGAGCCUGAGAGCUCUCACCAUGGAGAACUCCACCGCACGUUCAAAGCUCGCCAUAUUCAAAUGAUCACCCUCGGUGGCUGCAUCGGCAGCGGUUUGUUCAUCAGCACUGGCAAAGCCCUCCACAACGGCGGAGCGGCGUCAAUGUUGAUCGGUUACUCGCUCAUUUGCAGCAUGGCACUAGCGACGAUGAAUCUUUUGUCCGAAGCGACUUGCAUCUGGCCGACUUCCGGUGGUUUCAUCAAUCAUGCUGCUCGAUUUGUUGACCCUGCAAUGGGAUUUGCUUGCGGUUUCACCGAGUGGUUUGCUUGGAUGACGGUUGUUGCGGCAGAAGGUGCCAUUGUCCGUGUCAUCUUAACCUUCUGGAGCGAUGACUUGCCGACCGCGGCGGCUAUGACAAUCUAUCUAGUCCUGGUCUUCGGAAUCCAUGCCCUCCCCAACCUAUGGUUCGCAGAAUUCGAGUUCGGCACCGCUGCAUUGAAAGUUCUUUCCAUGUUCAUCAUCAUUUUCAGCUGUAUCGCCAUGGUCGCUGGCGCUGGACCCACCGGAAGUACCGACCAUGCUUGGAAUUAUACCUCCGCCCCGGCCUUUCCCAAUGGCAUGAAGGGCCUUUGCACGACAUUUACUCUCGCGGCAUGGGCCACCGGUGGGCAGGAGAUUAUGUCGCUGAGUGCAGCUGAAGCACAUAGGCCUCGAUGGGACAUGCCUAGAGCAUGCAAGAACCUGUUCAUCAGAAUCCUAGUCUUUUACGAGCUUUCGAUUGUUUUCAUCACUAUCCUAGUCCCGUACACGGAGGAGAGACUCCUUGGCACCAGCACCAUUGCAAGUUCCCCAUUCGUCAUUGCCUUGGUCAAUGCUGGAAUCAAGGGUCUUCCCGACUUUUUGAACGCUGUGGUCUUGCUCGGCUUGGUUGCUAUCGGAGCAGAGUCCAUGUACGUCUCAUCUCGAGCCAUGAUUGCUAUGGCCACGAUGGGCAUGUUCCCCCGAUUCCUCGGCCGUAUCGACAAAAAGGGCAGACCUCGCUGGGCCCUCGCGAUCACAGCGGCCUUCUCCACGGUCUGCACCUACAUCAACUGCUCUAACACCGGCGGCAUCAUUUUCACGUGGUUUAGCUCCAUCUCGGCCACCGUCUACUUCAUGAGCUGGAUGGCAAUCUCUAUCUCCAACGUCCAAAUGCACAGAGCCAUCAAAUUACAAAACGACCCCGCCUGGACUCUGCCUUACGCAUGGAAGUUGAGGGGCUUUCCCAUCACCGCCAUUUACUUAUUCGUCACAUCCUUCCUCGUCCUAUUUGGAACCGGCUACGUUGCCCUGUUCCCCAUCGGGGGUGCCCCUCCUAGUGCGGAAGCAUUUUUCCAGACAUUCCUGGGGGUUCCGAUUUGGAUUGCAGCUUAUUUGGGGUACAAGUUAUGCUUUCGUACCAAAAUUGUUGACCCAGCGACCGCUGAUUUGAAGACCGGACGACGUCCUUUGACCGAGGAUGAUAUCGCGUUUUUGGAUGCCUAUUUUGCACAGCCCAUGUGGAAGAGGAUCCUGUCGUAUGUUAGAUUUUAA